AUGGAUGAUGAUGAGUUUCAGUGGCCUGAUGAAGCUCCAGAGGUAAUGAUUGCUGCUGAUGAAGUUGAGACUGGGGCCUCUAAUGAUGAGAAUUUCGUCACUGACUCUAAUGGCGAAAAGGCUGAUUCCAACCAUCAACAGCCACCACUAGCAGCAACGGCCAAGAACACGGCAAUUAAACAAAAAUCAUGGGUAUGGGACUUUUUUACGAUCGAAAUCGAUCAAAAAGAUAAGAAGGAGAAAGCUAGGUGCUUACUCUGCAAAACGAAAUCAAAAUUUUUAGUGAUGUCAGCCACCACAAGUCUAUCCUACCAUCUCACCCACGCUCACAAAAAAACGUGUCCCGAAGAUCCGUCCACUUCUUCCUCGCCAAAUGUAGCACCAAACACCAUGGCUAAAUUCACGAGGACUCUGUCCAAAGAAAAGAUUGCCUUAAUAACAAGAGCAAUUACUAAUUUCAUGGCUUGGGACUUGUAUCCCAUGAAUUUAGCCAUGGGUCGAGGAUUCAGAUCCCUGAUGAAGCUUCUUGAGCCUCGCUACACCAUUCCCCAUCGUACAACGUUUAUAAGGACGCACAUUCCCGUCGCAUAUCAAGAAAUGCGAGCCCAAGUCGCGGCUAAGUUGAAAAAUGCCAUCAGGGUCUGUCUUACAACGGAUAUGUGGACGGAUGAUUACAGACAUUGCUCCUAUAUGGCAGUAACGGCCCAUUUUGUUAGCGAUGAGUGGAUUUUUGAAUCUUUUUGUCUGUCCACUAAACUGUUCACCGAAAAGCAAACGGCUGCCAACCUUGCUGAAGCUUUAUCAAGCGUAGCUACAGAGUGGGACCUUAAGUUCAACAAAUUUGUUGUUGUAACUGAUGGGGGAGCCAAUAUUUAA